UGUAUUUGCAAUCAUAAUCAUAUCAAGAGUAUUGGCUUUGAUGCCAGGCGGUAUGCGAUCCAUUUAGUCGCGUUUUAGAAACUUCGUUUCCGCUCGAGCGAAUCAAUCGGCGUUGUUUUUCUCGUCGUUAGUCAAAGUUUGAGAUAACUACAAUCGCUAGGACCGUGUAAGAAAAGCGUUGACGCAACCAAUAUUAUAUACUGUCACACAACGUUACGAGGAACUAUCAAGGCGAGAAGAUGCCAGCGAUACUGGUUGGACCACCUCAACGUAACGAGCAAAUGUGGCAGGCGUUAAAGGCUCAUAUUACACGAGAACGACAACGAAAGAAGCAAGAACAAGAGGCAGACGCGGAGGAAGAGCGUUUACGCAAGGAGAGAGAGCGUCAACAGAAACAAGAUGUGAUGACCUUAGGUGAAACUCGAGAACAAAUCUCAAAUUUGGAAAAUGAGCUGAUUGAAUUGAAGGAUGAGAAGCACCAAUUGUUCCUACAGUUGAAAAAAGUCCUGAAUGAGGACGAGUAUAGGAGGCGACAGCUUGUAAAAGAGACCAGUGUCUGUUCGGAAGUUUUGACGACAGUAGGUGGAUACCAGACGACAGGUCCAAGAGUGGUGCAUCCCCAGAUAUUUUUGCCGUUACCACGUAGCAACAGUCCCCUCUACAAAGUUGCAGUCAGCGCACCGACACACCUCCUACCAAGUGGAUCUUUGAAGAGACCGCACAGCCCGUCACCGCCACCUUCUGCCUCUCCGUAUCAUAGCGCAUACGGCUACAAACCACCACCGUCAAUUCCGAAUUAUAAUCCUCCACCUCCUAAAUCCGAAGAUGCUGCUAGGAGAUCUGGUGACUCUCGAGCUGUCCUCUGGAAUAAAAGUAAUCAAUACUCCGCAUCGAAUUUUUAUUCGACGCCCACAGGCCAAAGUGUUUAUAGCUAUUCCGCGCCUGCAACCCAACCGUCUCGAGAAUCUUCGGAGCCGGCUAAACCCGUUUAUCUUUCGGGAGCUAGAGCGCCAUUGGCCACGCAUCAAACUGCAUAUGUAACUAAUCUACACUCGAUGGAACACAAAGGCGCUUAUGGCGAGGACAAAUUUUACCUACGUCCGACAAAUCACGUCACUGUUCACGGUGGUGCUAUUCCGAUCCAACAACCACCUCAGGGUGCAAAAACUGGAGGCAUUACCUCUGGUUAUCCUGUUCGAGCACCUCAACCACCGCCUGGUCCUUAUCCGCCACCACCACCACCGCCUCCUGGGACUUAUGUCAGCGGCUCAGGUGCCAAUGUACCUGGCAGACUUCUAUACACACAACCAGGAACUCGAUAUCUUCAAAGGGAAGUAUAAAACCACGUUCUUCUUUAAUUUCAAUAAUUUGUUUUAAUCCUUGAAAAUUCUUUGUGCAAUAUAACACGUUCACCGUCGCAGUUCAUUUAGAAAGGUUUUCUAUUUCGAAAUAAUGAUUUGAUUUAUUUAUAUAUGGCGGUAGAAAAAAGAAAGAAUUACCAUCUUUUUGUGCACAUACGUGACUCUAGUAUUUCACGAGAAAUGUGCAUCACAUAUGUGUGACGUUGGUGAUGAACGUGAAAAUUCUAUCGUAUAUUUUGGUUAAGUGCAUAGAUUAAAUUUUUAACGUAUUUAUUUAUGUAUGGAUAUUUAUUUCUAUGUAAAAAAAUAUGUAUUCAAUUAUAAAAAAGUAUACAAAAAUAAUUGUUUCCUAGUAUACAUAAUAAUACUUUUUUUCAUUGUACUCGUAAAAAUUCUUUAAUAUCGUAAACAUUUAUUGCUAAAAUAAUAAUUAAUUGAUAAACUAAACUAUACACUUAUUACCUAUCUAUAUGAUCUAGUUUGCAA